UCGACAGGGCUUGUUGGGGCAAAAGCUCGUCAUCAAGAUGAGGUGGUUUAAAGUCCUUGCUUUUCUUUCAAUUUUGGCCUCUUUGAAUCCAGUCUGUUGUGAUAUUUAUAUGCACAAUCCUAGAGGAUCAAAUAAUCGCUUGAGAUCAGCAGGCGUGAACCGACAAAACAACAAUCGAAUGUUUGAUUCUCAGAACAAUGCCAAAGGUGGUUAUAAUGUUGGCGAAAAGGGUGCUUAUCCAAAUCAUCACGAACAUAUGCAGUAUCACAUGAAAUAUUUAAUGAGCGGUACAAAGGGGAAAGGUUCGACGUAUUUGAACAUCGAGUGGACGAACCAACACGGCUGCGGUGAUGGUGACCUUAAUUGUCAGAUUGUUUUACAAUACAUGUGUCAGAAGCAUAAAGAUGAAGAUAUUGGAAAAAAUCACAUUCCCGAAAGAAAGAGAAACGGCAUUACUGAAGCUACACCACUCUAUCGACCUCACAAUCCAUUUCAAUAUAAAUGGCAGAAAGAUAGAGAAGAACGGAUUCAUUCACAGCACAGUAAUUAUGGGCUUAAUGAGCCUUGGAAUUGGUAUGACAAAUGCAAAAAAAGAUCUCGCAAUCGUGGUUUGUUUACAGCAGAUCAAAAUGUUAAAGAUAAGAUAGGAAGUACGUCGACAAGGCAAAAUCCGAACGGCCAACGAAGUGGCUACGAGUGUCCCGAGGAACGAGAUUAUUACCCAUACUGGCAUCCCAGUGACUGGGUUGAUAUCGCAGUAUUAGUGGACAAAAAAUCUGACUGUCCAUACUACCAGAGAGAAAGUUUCAAUGUUAAAGAAAAAGGAGAAUGCAUGGAGAGGUAUGAAAAAGACCGUGGAAAUUACAAACACGAUUCGAAGCACAAUAACAGGCAGGAUUGCGCGAGUCAUGGCGGGCUUUGGGUGAACUUUCACAACUAUUUGGAGAAGAUGACGCAAUACACAGACGAAGGCAGUUGUUCCCGAGCAGGUUAUAAGUGGGGCUAUGGUUAUCGCUCGGAGGACUUUGAAGAUAUGAGGAAGUUUUGUUUUGUCCCUCUUGAAAAGCCCGAAUGUGAGUUGGCUCCAUAUUCCCGUUCUAAUCACCUUGGAAACGGUGCUGGUAUCACGCCAUUGACCUACAAGUGGAAAUUACCAAACUUUCCAUCGAAAGAAGAGCAAAGAUGCUUUCUUCGUAUCAGGUACAACAUCUCGACGAACGAUCCUCUCAAUAAAAUAACGCAAAACCCAACUGUGGAAUUUUUAAACAAGCUCCCAUUGCGGUUGGCAAUAAACACAGCACAAUUCGGGCGAACAUUUCAAGAUCGGUCACAUAUGUUCUUAUUGACGUCACGUGAUAAGAACGGCGUAUCAAAUGAUGUCAACAUUCAUAAUGUUAACAUUCGUGGGAAAAGAGGAAAUAUCGUUCAAACUUACCCAGCCGUUGAGUAUGAUUUUGUCCCAAAGAGAUUGACGGUACCAACAAACGAUGCCAUUCACGUCCAGUGGACAGGUUCCAACAGCAAUCCGGGCGGCAAUGACGGACAAGGAAAAGCAGGAACAGACAAAAAUAAUCUCGUGGAAAUGUAUUACGCACCCUACAGUGUCCCAAUCAGUUCGCGCAUGCUCCAAAGCGCAAAUAUCCUUCACAAUUUCGUUGGGGGAUCCAAAAAGUUCGUAGACGUCGAAGCAAGUCUAGCCUCAGCUGGUUACUACAAAACUUCGAAAAAUGCUGUCGAUAAGGCUCCGCGUCAGUUAGAUGACGAGUUGAACAACGCCAGUCCAUCGUUCGCUGAUCAGUUAAGAUUAUCUGAAGUCCAAAAUUCCAAAAGUCCAGAUUGUACAACCCAUAUAAUCUUUUUAUAA